GAUAUAUAAUACAUUUUGUGUAUAAAUCAUCUGAUAUAAACAUAUCCACAAGCAACAUGCUUUUACAUGACUAUAUAGAGAAGCGAUAUGAUAACAUAACUAAAUCACCAAAUGAUAAAAGAGAAUAUAGAGGUUUAUUGUUGACUAAUAAAAUGAAAAUUCUGCUUAUUAGUGAUGAAACAACUGAUAAAAGUGCAGCAGCUUUGGAUGUAAAUAUUGGUUUUUUUAGUGACCCUUAUGAUUUACCAGGCUUGGCACAUUUUUGUGAACAUAUGUUGUUCUUGGGAACAAAAAAGUAUCCAAAAGAAAAUGAAUAUAAUAUGUAUUUAUCCCAAAAUGGUGGUUCAUCUAAUGCAACAACAUAUUUUGAUCAUACCACUUAUUUUUUUAAUGUACAUCCAGAAAAAUUAGAGGGAGCAUUAGAUCGUUUUUCUCAGUUCUUUAUAGCACCACUUUUCACAGAAGCUUUAACUGAACUUGAAUUGAACGCUAUUAAUUCUGAACAUGAAAAGAACAAAGCCAAUGAUACAUGGCGUAUUGAUCAAUUGGAGAAAUCAUCGGCAAACCCGAAUCAUCCUUUUUCAAAAUUUGGUACUGGUAACAGAGAGACAUUAGAUGUAAUACCAAAACAGAAGAACAUAAAUGUAAGGGAAAAGUUAUUUCAAUUUCAUCAGAAUUUUUAUUCAGCUAAUAUAAUGGCAUUAUGUGUACUUGGAAAAGAAAGUUUAGACGAACUAGAAAAAAUUACAGUUGAAUUGUUUUCACAAAUAAGAAAUAAAAAAGUCGAAGUACCUGUUUGGUCGAAACAUCCCUUUAACGAAGAACACUUUCAACACAAAUGGUAUAUUGUUCCAAUAAAAGAUACAAGAAGUUUAAAUAUUACAUUUGGUAUACCUGAUACGCGAGCUUAUUACAAAUCUGCGCCAUCAUACUAUAUUUCAUAUUUAUUAGGACAUGAAGGAAAAGGCUCAUUAUUAUCUUCAUUGAAAGCAAAAGGAUGGUGUAAUUCACUUGUAUCAGGCAAACGGGCAGCCGCCAAAGGUUUCAAUUUCUUCAAUGUUCUUGUUGAUUUAACAGAGGAAGGUAUUCAGCAUGUCGAUGAUAUCAUUUUAUUGACUUUCCAAUAUAUUAAUAUGUUGAAGACACACGGACCAAUUCAGUGGAUAUACAAUGAAUAUAGAGAUAUUGCGGAUAUGAAUUUUAAAUUCAAAGAAAAAUCUUCAGCUUAUCAAUACGUCGUUGGCCUGAUACAUACAAUACAAGAGUAUCCAAUGGAAGAAGUUUUAGUGGCAGGACAUCUUUUCCCAACAUGGCAACCUGACUUAAUUAAUUGGAUCAUGGAAUAUUUAGUACCAACAAAAGUCAGAAUCCUCGUAAUUGGAAAAUUAUUUGAAAGUAUAACUGAUGAAAGUGAAAAGUGGUAUGGCACCAAAUUUAAAAAAGAGAAAAUAUCGCAAGACAUAAUUGAUAUAUGGCUUAAUGCUGGUUACUGUUCAGAUUUUAAGCUACCGCUAAAAAAUGAGUUUAUACCAAAAAAAUUUGAUAUAAAACAGGCAGAAAAUAUAACCAAAUUUCCCACAAUUAUUGAAGACACUCCUCUCUUAAGAUUAUGGUUUAAACAAGAUGAUGAAUUUCUUGUACCUAAAGCUACAAUAUCUCUACAAUUUGUCAGCCCACUAGCAUAUAUCGAUCCCCUUAGUUAUAAUUUAACUUACAUGUAUGUACAAUUACUACACGAUGCUCUAAACGAAUAUGCAUACGCUGCUGAUAUAGCUGGGAUCAAGUGGGAAGUUUCAAGUAGCAAAUAUGGAAUAACAGUAGGCAUCAGUGGUUAUGAUGAUAAGCAGCAGAUACUGCUAGAAAGAAUUCUAGACAAAAUGCUUAAUUUUGAAGUUGAUCCAAAAAGAUUUGAUAUUUUGAAAGAAAAUUGUAUUAGAGACUUAAAAAACUUUGAGACAGAGCAACCAUAUCAGCAUGCUGUUCAUUACCUUGCAGUUCUAUUGUCGGAACAAGUUUGGAUGAAGGAUGAACUGUUAAGAGCAACUUCUCAAUUAACCGUCGAGAGGACCCAACAGUUUAUUCCACAAUUCUUAAGCAAAGUGCAUAUGGAGUGUUUAAUACAUGGCAACAUCACUUUGUCAGAAGCUAUUGAAACAGCUAAUUUCAUAGAAUCAAAAUUAAAAAACGCAAUUCCUCAGAUAAUACCACUUUUGCCGCGGCAGCUGAUACUAUAUCGUGAAAUUAGAUUAGAAGAUGGUUGUCACUUUUUGUUUGAAGUACAAAAUAAAUUACAUAGCAGUUCAUGCACACAAGUCUAUUACCAAAUUGGCUUACAGUCAACAGAAUCAAAUAUGUUACUAGAGCUCUUGGUUCAGCUUAUUUCAGAACCAUGUUUUUCUACCUUAAGAACUAAAGAACAGUUAGGAUAUAUUGUAUUUAGUGGAGUUCGAAGGGGAAAUGGCGCACAAGGUUUCAGAAUAAUAGUUCAAAGUGACAGACAUCCAAAAUAUGUUGAACAAAGAAUUGAUACAUUUUUAAAAUCUAUGUUGGAAUACAUAUCGGAAAUGUCAGAUGAAGAAUUUAAGAGGCACAAAGAAGCAUUGUCAGUUCUCCGCCUGGAGAAGCCAAAAAUGUUGACUACCUUAUCUGCUGUGUUUUGGCAUGAAAUUUUGAAUCAGCAAUAUAAUUUUGACCGAACGAAUAUCGAGGUUGCACAUCUAAAAACUAUAAAACAAGAAGAAAUAGUACAGUUUUAUAAAAAUGUGCUACAGCGUAAUAUUCAGCACAAAUUAUCAGUACAUGUAAUUCCAAUGGUAACAAACGAAGAAUCAAUGAAAAAAGAUGCAGAUGAAAACAUAGAAUUUUCUGAUGCUACAGAUACCACUGAAUACAGGAAAAUUGAUGACAUUACAGCGUUUAAAAUUAAUCAGCCUUUACAUCAAUUACUAAAGCCGUUUACCAAUGUACCAAGAAAAGGAGGACAUGCAUCCAAAUUAUAAAGUGUUCAAAAUAUUAUAAUUAUACAUUUUUUUAACUGUACAUCUAUAAAUC